AUGGCCGUCCUUCCACUGCUCCUCUGCCUGCUGCCGCUGGCCCCCGCCUCGUCUCCAUCCCAGCCAGCCGCACCCAGCCCGUGUCCCCGCCGCUGCCGCUGCCAGACGCAGUCCCUGCCCCUAAGCGUGCUGUGCCCGGGGGCAGGCCUUCUGUUCGUGCCACCGUCGCUAGACCGCCGGGCAGCCGAGCUGCGCCUGGCGGACAACUUCAUCGCGGCCGUGCGCCGCCGGGACCUGGCCAACAUGACCGGCCUGCUGCAUCUGAGCUUGUCGCGUAACACCAUCCGCCACGUGGCAGCCGGCGCCUUUGCCGACCUGCGCGCCCUCCGUGCCCUGCACCUAGAUGGGAACCGGCUGACCUCGCUGGGCGAGGGUCAGCUGCGCGGCCUGGUCAACUUGCGCCACCUCAUCCUGAGCAACAACCAGCUGGCAGCCCUGGCGGCCGGUGCCCUGGAUGACUGCGCCGAGACACUAGAGGAUCUCGAUCUCUCCUACAACAACCUGGAGCAGCUUCCCUGGGAGGCUUUGGGCCGCCUGGGCAAUGUCAACACACUGGGCCUCGACCACAACCUGCUAGCCUCUGUGCCCGCUGGCGCCUUUUCCCGCCUGCACAAGUUGGCACGGCUGGACAUGACCUCCAAUCGCCUGACCACCAUCCCGCCCGACCCACUUUUCUCCCGCCUGCCGCUGCUAGCCAGGCCCCGAGGCUCACCUGCCUCUGCCCUGGUGCUGGCCUUCGGUGGGAACCCGCUCCACUGCAACUGCGAGCUGGUGUGGCUGCGGAGGCUGGCCAGGGAGGAUGACCUGGAGGCCUGUGCCUCCCCACCCGCUCUGGGUGGCCGCUACUUCUGGGCUGUGGGCGAGGAGGAAUUUGUGUGCGAGCCCCCUGUGGUGACUCACCGCUCGCCACCGCUGGCAGUGCCUGCAGGUCGGCCAGCUGCCCUGCGCUGCCGGGCAGUGGGGGACCCUGAGCCCCGUGUGCGUUGGGUGUCACCCCAGGGCCGGCUGGUGGGCAAUUCGAGCCGUGCUCGUGCCUUCCCUAAUGGGACGUUGGAGCUGCUGGUCACUGAGCCGGGCGAUGGUGGCAUUUUCACUUGCAUUGCGGCCAAUGCAGCUGGUGAGGCCACCGCUGCUGUUGAGCUGACCGUGGGCCCCCCGCCACCCCCCCAGCUAGCCAACAGCACCAGUUGUGACCCCCCGCGGGACGGGGAUCCUGAUGCCCUCACCCCGCCCUCUGCUGCCUCUGCCUCUGCCUCCGCCUCCGCCAAGGCAGCUGACACUGCGCCCCCUAAGGACCGUGGUGUCCAGGUGACUGAGCAUGGGGCCACAGCUGCUCUUGUCCAGUGGCCAGACCAGCGGCCUAUCCCGGGGAUCCGCAUGUACCAGAUCCAGUACAACAGCUCAGCCGAUGACAUCCUCGUCUACAGGAUGAUUCCCGCCGACAGCCGCUCCUUCCUGUUGUCAGACCUCGCAUCUGGCCGCACCUAUGACCUGUGCGUGCUAGCGGUGUACGAGGACGGCGCCACCGGGCUGACGGCCACACGGCCAGUGGGCUGCUCCCGCUUCUCCACUGAGCCGGCGCUGCGGCCCUGUGGGGCCCCGCACGCACCCUUCCUGGGCGGCACCAUGAUCAUCGCCCUUGGUGGAGUCAUCGUGGCCUCGGUACUGGUCUUCAUCUUCGUGCUGCUCAUGCGCUACAAGGUGCACGGCGGCCAGCCCCCCGGCAAGGCCAAGGCACCUGCACCUGUCAGCAGCGUUUGUUCGCAGACCAACGGCGCCCUGGGCCCCACACCGGCCCCGCCUGCCCCUGAGCCUGCUGUGCCCAGGGCCCACACCGUGGUCCAGCUGGACUGUGAGCCCUGGAGGCCCAGCCACGAACCCACGGGACCCUAG